GCUCAUGCCAUGAAGGAGGAGAACUUUCUUCGUCGAAGGUUCUCCCUCUGUCCGGCUUCAUCCACCCCGCAGAAGGUCGAUCCUCGGAAGCUGACGCGCAAUCUCUUCUUCGGGGCCGACAAUGACAUCUAUCCUCUCAGCCCAGGAAAAGACGUGGAAGGAAAUAGCCCAUCGGCACUGAAGGAAGAGAUACCACAGACUCCAAACUCCAUUAAUAAGGUACUGCCUAUCGAAUAUAAGCUUUGCAAUGGGUCUGACAAAGAAUGUGUUUCUCCCACUGCCAAAUUCACAAAGAAGGAAACACUGAAGGUGCAAAAAAAAAAUUACCGACAGGAGAAGAAAAGAGCUACCAAACAACUCUUCAGUGCUCUGAAGGAUCCCAGUGUAGUGAUCACAGCAGACUGGCUGAAGAUUCGUGGGACUCUGAAGAGCUGGACCAAGCUGUGGUGUGUUCUGAAACCAGGAGUGCUGCUGAUAUAUAAGACACCAAAGAUUGGACAGUGGGUUGGGACGAUCUUGCUCCAUUCGUGUGAGCUGAUCGAGAGACCCUCUAAAAAGGAUGGCUUCUGUUUUAAACUUUUUCACCCUCUGGAUCAAUCAAUCUGGGCUGUGAAGGGCCCAAAGGGAGAAAAUGUUGGUUCAAUCACUCAGCCUCUUCCCAGCAGCUACUUGAUUUUCAGAGCAGCCUCUGAAUCUGAUGGCCGAUGCUGGCUGGAUGCUUUGGAACUUGCCCUGCGUUGCUCCAGCCUCUUCCGGCUCAGUGCCUCCAAGCAGGGAAAGGAUGGAGAGAUGAACUGCUCAAGUGAUUCUGCGCAUGCGGGCCUCAACCACCUCUUGCAUGCAAGCCCUAUCUCAGACCAGGAAUUCUUCCAUUUGAGUGAAUCAGCCCUGGAGAACCACCACCAUUUGGAAAAUGAUGCUUUUUCGGACAAGUCAGAGAGAGAUAACGUAGAAGAAUCGGAGAAUGAAACACAUGAGAACAGCCGGAAGACAAACGAAAGCGAGAGUGAUCAGUCAGAAAUCCAUGGAGAGGUCUCUCCGGGAAGGAAAGGGACGACUUACAUUGAACAGAUCUAUGAGGAAUUUGGGGAGACAGGCGAAUCGUCUCAAACAGAAACUGUCUCUGAGGAGAACAAGAGCCUGAUGUGGAUCCAGCUGAAACAGCUGCGACCUGGCAUGGACCUGUCGCGGGUGGUGCUGCCCACCUUCAUCCUGGAGCCACGCUCAUUCCUUAACAAACUCUCUGAUUACUACUACCAUGCUGACCUGCUUUCCCAGGCGGUCCUUGAAGAUGAUCCAUACAGUCGAAUGAAGCAAGUAUUGAGGUGGUAUCUGUCUGGCUUCUAUAAGAAGCCAAAGGGAAUAAAAAAGCCAUACAACCCUAUUCUGGGAGAAACGUUUCGUUGUUGUUGGUUUCACCCUCAGACGAACAGUCACACAUUUUACAUAGCAGAACAGGUCUCCCAUCAUCCGCCAGUGUCAGCUUUUCAUGUCAGCAACAGGAAGGACGGAUUCUGCAUUACUGGCAGUAUUCUAGCUAGGUCCAAGUUCUAUGGUAACUCACUUUCUGCACUGUUGGAUGGGAAAGCAAAACUUAUGUUUCUAAACAGGGGGGAAGAUUAUAUAAUUACUAUGCCAUAUGCCCACUGUAAAGGACUUUUGUAUGGUACCAUGACAAUGGAGCUUGGAGGGAAAGUUACCAUCGACUGUGAGAAAACUAACCACAGGGCAGAACUGGAAUUCAAGCUAAAGCCUUUCUUCGGUGGCAGUGCGAGUAUUAAUCAAAUCUCUGGGAAGAUUAAAUCGGGAGAAGAAGUGUUAGCAAGUCUCAACGGACACUGGGAUGGGGAAGUGCAUAUAAAUGAGUUGAAAAACGGAAACACGGAAAUGUUCUGGAACCCAACCAGUGAAGUACGAAGGCAGAGACUGAAGCGCCAUAUUGUGCUGUUUGAGGAGCAAACAGACUUUGAGUCAGAGAGGCUUUGGCAACACGUUACCAGUGCAAUAAACAAAGGUGAUCAACACAAGGCAACGCAGGAAAAAUUUGUGCUGGAAGAGGAGCAGAGGAACGCUGCCAGGGAGCGGAGAGAGAAUGGCACAGAGUGGAAACCGCUGCUCUUCCAGCAUGACGCUGCAACUAAUGAAUGGCGCUACAAAUAUGAGGAUUUAAGACCUUGGGAUCCUUUGAACGACAUUGCCCAAUUUGAGAAGAAUGGGAUACUUCAGACCAUGGAGAGACACUUAUCCACAAGGAUGUCAAACCACAAAACAACAUGCAUAAACAAUCAAAUUACACGGCACAAGAGGUCUGCCAAAGACUGCAGGCGCCGCAAAACCAGUGAUCAGCCGUCCAACCAGAGCCAGAACACAGAGAGCAGCUGUUCAACUCCAGAGUCAGUGCAGGAGCUCUCAGACGAUGAUGGCAAAGAUGGUGAUGCAAAACAUAAUGGCCUUCAAUACUUUGCUGCAGGGUUUGAAAGCCUGUGCGCUCAGUGUGGGAAAGAAAUGAAUCACCUGAAGGAAAUUCAUUCAGCCGUCUUAUCCCUACAGAGAGCCCAACAGGACAUACACAGAAACCUCAGUGCUCUGAACAAAAAGUCCUUCCACAGGAAGGUCUCUUCUGAAAGCUUCCUCCUGGACUCUCGCUGUUGGUUUCUCCUCUGCAUCUUUCUUACAUGUCAACUAUUCAUUAAUUAUGUCUUCAAAUAAAAUCACUACGCUUGGCAGCAAUAACGAUUACUGGCUGCAGGAGGGGGGCCACUCGCACAGGGAGCACAGCAAGGCACCAAAGCACUUUAGAACCAACCCGGCAGAGGUGGAAGAAGGUUGAAGAAUGAGGUUAAACAGGGACCUACGAACCUGCAAAACUUUGUUCCUGCAGAUUAUGUCAUUUUUGCCUUUACAUGUACAUCUUCAAGGACCUCUUAACCUGUACGGGCCUUAAUGCUGAAGCCAAAUGUAGCUUUAAUCGUGCAAUUUGUUUUCUAUGUCUUGUCAUUUUCUGACACAAUUCAUAAUUACCCAGCAGUAUUGGUAUCACCAAAACGGAAAACACCCCAGCAUUUUGGAAAGGUCACACUGGCCUGGCUCGUAGCCCUACAAGUGAGGGAGCACAGCUGGGGAGUGGUGAAGAACUGAUGGUCACGAUGCCUGCUCAGCUGCCUUUAAUUAUGGGAGGGAGUUCACUUGGUCCAAAAUAUCCACCCUCUGGGAUAUUAAGUCAUGAUCUGUUUUGUCAGCACACACAGAAUGGGACCUCAGGAUGUGUUGUAUUUUCCAUUCCACGGGAACUGUAAAUAUGCACAAUUUCCUAGAGCCGUUCCUCUUUAGGAAAUGGGAGGUAUUCAGUGAAAGCUCCUUGUUUGGUUAGGGAGCUGACUGGUGUCCUGGCCCAUUGAGUGUAAUGUCAGAUACGCCUGUUCGUAAAACAUGAUCACUUAUUAUUAUUGUUAUUAUUUGCUAUAUGGCUGUUUUAUAAUAUUACACACUAGUGUUGUAGAGGGGAAUCCACUGCCCCAGAGUAGGUAAGGACGGGAGCGAUUUAGGUGUACAUGUGUUCAGUUGUAGGCACAUUUAUUGUCAAAGGUCAGGAAGGAGGAAAGGUUUUGCCACUGCAUUAUUCAACUCUGUUAAUAGUCUUCCUAUUUUACACCAUUUUUUAAAGAUUUGCAAUAUUUUCUGUAGACUGCGGACAUUACUAAGCCUUUCUUUUCUGGCCUGAAGUAGUUCCAAGUGGUAAGUACUGCUAUAUAUACAGCCUUAAAAUACUUAGUGGUGGUGCCAGUCUGGGCUAUCUUUCAAUGUAAAUGUUUCCAAAUUUUUAAGUACAUUCCUGUCAUAUUCCCCAGUUAGGGGAAACUUGUUUGUGCUUGAUAUGUUGAAAUAAAACUACACACAA